ACACAAGAAAAUAAGGAAAAAAUAUCAAGCAUUCUUUCCCUUUUUUUUAUCACUUUUAUUUGUCAGAAGGUGUAAAUUAGAGAAAAAGAUCAUCAAAAAUGCAUGUUUCCAGGAAUUAAUCCACCCACUCAUCAUCAAAUCAAUUUAAGAGAGGAGAGAGAGAAACUCACAAAUUUUCCAAAUUAAUCAAUUCAAUUUCUUUCUUUCUAAACCUAAUUCAAUCCAAUCAAAUUCAAUCCAAUUGAAAUCAAAUCAAAUUCAAUUGGAAUCAAAUCAAAUUCGAAGAAUUUUUGGAGGUUUUACAGAGUAAGCUUGUACAACAAUGGCGAAUUUGUAUGUGAAAGCUUCGCCACCUGCGGAUCUGAAUAGGAACACAGAGUGGUUUACAUAUCCUGGAGUUUGGACAACAUACAUCUUGUUCCUCUUCUUUUCAUGGCUUCUCGUUCUUUCUGUCUUUGGUUGUUCUCCUGGCAUGGCUUGGACCGUCGUCAAUCUCGCUCACUUUCUUGUCACAUAUCAUUUCUUUCACUGGAAGAAAGGUACCCCAUUCUCUGAUGAUCAGGGAAUAUAUAAUCGUUUGACUUGGUGGGAACAAGUUGACAAUGGGAAGCAGCUUACACGUAACAGGAAAUUCCUGACUGUUGUGCCUGUUGUGCUGUACCUGAUAGCCUCACAUACAACAGAUUACCAGCACCCAAUGCUUUUCUUCAACACCAUUGCAAUGAUCAUCUUGGUUGUAGCCAAAUUUCCACAUAUGCAUAAGGUCCGGAUCUUUGGUAUCAAUGGUGAAUAAUAAGGCAUCUAAGGCAGUCAGCUCGUUUUAACAUUCAAAGGUGACUUCUGAUCCUUUCUCCAGCUGCCGGAAGGACACUACUGUAUAGGAAAACCAGAAAGGAAAACGAUUAUGGAUGAUGUAAUGCUUUUGUAUCGCCUAAACUUCUGCCUCUACUCUCCAAAGAGAUGAUGAACAAAUAAAUAGAUACUAUCUUUUGUACAGAAUUGUCGCAUGUUCUUUUAGAUUUUCUUUUUCUGAUAUGAGCAUGAUUUUGGUUUCUCAUUGUUAUAUGCCAUAAACCUUUUUAUUUUGUAAUGGAAGAGACACUGUUUUUACUAGUAUUCUAGUAUUGAGCAAAA